AUGGGAGACCCAAUUGCCAUCGUAGGCCUGAGUGCAAGGCUCCCCGGUGAUGGCGACACCCCUGAGAAGUUCUUCGAAUCCUUACUCGCCGGAAGAUCUGCCCGUACGGAAGUUCCGCGAGAACGAUACAACGCAAACGCUUUUUGGCACCCCGACGCCGAGAGAAGUGGCGCGACACGGGUUCGACAUGGCCACUUUCUCAAGGACAGCAUCAAGGCAUUCGAUGCGCCAUUUUUCUCGAUCACACCCACAGAAGCCAGAAGCAUUGACCCUCAACAAAGAGGAAUGCUAGAAUGUGUCUACAAGGCACUCGAAAACGCCGGAGUUCCCCUCGACACAGUUGCCGGAUCACAAACUGGCGUUUACGUCGGUUGCUUCACGGCAGACUACAAUGAUCACAUUGCAAAAGAUUUGGACAUCCCGAAUAAGUACUCCGCGCUGGGAACAGUGGCGAGUAUGCUCAGCAACAGAGUCUCGUGGUUCUUCGACUUCAGAGGCCCCAGCGUAACGGUUGAUACCGCUUGUUCCAGCAGCCUGGUAGCUGUCCACGAAGCAUGUAUGAGCUUGAAGCUCCGUGAAGUAUCCAUGGCCGUCGUCGGCGGAUGCAACCUCAUCCUGACCCCCGAGAUGACACUAAAACUCGACGCGGCGGGUGUUCUGGGUCCGGACGGCAAGUCAUACAGCUUUGACCACCGCGCGAACGGAUACGCACGCGGUGAAGGGUUCGGAGCCCUGGUUUUAAAGCGGGUAUCCGAUGCUAUUCGGGACGGGGACGUGAUCCGUGCCGUCAUCCGGAACUCAUCAACGAACCAGGACGGGAGAUCGCCCGGCAUCACGCAACCGACAAAGGCCGGCCAGGUUGCCCUCAUCAAACACGUUUAUUCCAGGGCUGGGCUGGACCCAUCACUUACACGCUUUGCUGAGGCCCACGGCACGGGUACGCCGGUGGGAGACCCCAUCGAAGCGAGCGCACUGGCCGAGAUCUUCGCUCCUCAUCGAUCACCGGACGACCCGCUCUAUGUCGGCGCCCUGAAAAGCAAUGUUGGACACUUGGAGGGCGCGGCUGGAGUUGCCGCUGUUAUCAAGGGUAUCUUGACGCUGGAAAGCGGCAUUAUUCCCGGUAACAUCUGGCAUGAGAAGCGGAAUCCCAAGAUCUUGGACUCGUGGAACUUGAAGUUUCCGACCGAGCCGACAUUAUGGCCUCAGCGUGGGCUGCGUCGAAUGUCGAUCAACUCCUUCGGCGUUGGAGGUAGUAACGCUCAUAUCGUCAUGGAUGACGCGCUCCAUUUCUUGAAGCGACACCGCCUUGUUGGCAACCACCGCACUGAAGCCACACCGACGAUCCCAAGCCAGUUCAGGGUCGUUACUGUCAACGGGGCUAAUGGAGUGAAUGGCACCGCAGGCCGCAGACACCGAUCCCACCGUCCAAGAGACAGCGGUGUCAACUUCAUCGACUUUGAGACCGAGUCGAACGAGAUCCCCCCGAGACUGUUCGUGCUAUCAGCGAACGACCCAGAUGCCGUUGCACGUAUCAAGUCCUCAUACAAGGAGCAUCUCGCAUCCAAGAAUGUCGAGGAUUUGGACCUUCAAUACUUGAGAGACCUGGGCUACACCCUUGCCUCCCGUCGAACAAGACAUUCUUGGAGAUCGUUCCAUAUCGCCAGCUCGCCGAAGCAGCUUCAGAGAUCCCUUGAAGAUGUUUCAAAGCCAACGAGGGCAAAGACCCAACCCCGAUUGGCGUUCGUUUUCACCGGUCAAGGGGCGCAGUGGGCUGCCAUGGGCAUGGACCUGAUGGUGUAUCGGGCGUUCCAAGAGAGUCUCCUGGCAGCUGACAGGUAUCUCAAUGAUAUCGGUUGCAAUUGGUCUCUGACUUUUGAGCUUUCCAAGCCCAAGACGUCAUCUCGUAUUGAUGAUCCUGAAUUCUGUCAGCCAAUCUGCACAGCUCUGCAAGUUGCCAUGGUGGAUCUUCUUUCCACCUGGAACAUCUAUCCUCAUGCCAUCACCGGUCAUUCCUCAGGUGAGGUUGCUGCUGCCUACGCUGCCGGCGCCAUCUCCCGAGAAGCGGCGUGGAAAGUCGCCUACCACCGUGGACGACUCAGCGCAAAGUUGGCUCGGGCGGAGUCGAGGCCUAGGACUGGAAUGGCCGCCGUCGGUCUGGGCACUGCCGACAGCGAGGCUGCCAUCGAUCGCGUCAACCGGCUGGGCGGCGAGGGCACUCUUCAGAUUGCCUGCAUGAAUAGUGCAGACAGUCACACCGUCAGCGGCGACGCUGAUAAGAUCGACGCUCUUGUUGAGAUGCUUGGUGCUGAGAAGGUUUUCGCCAGGAAGCUCAACGUUGAGAUUGCCUACCACUCGGAGUACAUGAAGCCUAUGGCCGACGAGUAUCUCCAAGCAAUGGGCGAGCUUGAGAAAGGCACUCUGAGGGCUGCUUUUGAGCCUCAGUUUUACUCCUCUACCAUCGGUACUGCAAUUUCGCCCUCACAGCUGAGGCAGCCUGAAUACUGGGUCAGGAACUUGGUUUCGCCGGUCAGGUUUACCGAGUCCGUGUCGGAGAUGCUCAAGGGCUCCACGGAACCCAAGGUUAACGGCUACGUUAAUGGUCAUGCGAAUGGCGUCAACGGUGUCAACGGUGUCAACGGUGUCAACGGCACUAACGGACACGCCGACAACAAGCCUUCCCUUGAGCCCAUCACCGACUUCUUGGAAAUUGGCCCUCACAGUGCCUUGAAGGGACCGUUGAUCAGUACCACAAAGCAAAUCAAGGGCAGUCCUUCGGUUGACUAUCAUUCUGUCCUCAGACGCCAGAAGUCCGCGGUCGAGACCACCCUGGAAGCUGUCGGAUCUCUCUUCUGCCAGGGGUACAAGGUCGACCUUGCACAGGUCAACGACGCAGACGAACCGUACGGACCCAAGCCACUCAUGCUUACAAACCUACCUUCCUACCCGUUCGACCACUCCAAAGAGUACUGGGUUGAGAGCACGCUGAGCAACGACUUCCGGCUGAGGUCAUUUGGCCGCCACGAGCUUCUGGGAGCGCCAGUACCGGGCCUGAACGAGACCAACGCGGCUUGGCGUAACUACAUCCGUCUCACUGAGAACCCGUGGAUUGAAGACCAUAAGGUUUCCGGGGACAUCCUGUACCCGGCUGCUGGUAUGCUUGUCAUGGCCGUUGAAGCUAGCAGGCAAGUCGCCGAUAAGAACAAAGUCUUGAAGGGGUUCAGAUUCAAGGAUGUUUCUUUCAAGUUGGCGUUGCGGGUGCCAGACGAUGCUCACGGCGUUGAGUCGCAGUUCUUCCUGAGAUCGCACCGAGAGUCGAGCCUUUCGACUGCCUCGAAGUGGCAAGAAUUCCAGCUCUGGACCCUCCAAGAAGGUGACUGGAGAGAGCAUUGCCACGGCUUCGUGCAGACCGAGUAUGAGACCGAAGGUUUCACUGAUGCCGUGGUGAACUUCGAGGGCCUGAAGAGUGCCACAGGUGUGUCGGUUGACAAGCUUUACCGCGAUUUCAAGGAGUCAGGCCUGGACUUCGGUCCGACUUUCCAAACACUCAGCGACGUGAGGACUGGGCAGAAUCUGGACAUCAUCGCCACAAUCGACAACCCUAGCGACAAAAUCCAGAAAGUCAUGCCAAAGCAAUACGUUCAGCCUCAUCUUGUCCAUCCGGCCACACUGGACGCUAUCGUCCACGCCAACCUAGCCCCGUUGGUCUCCAGCACCAAGUACUCCAAGGCUACCAGAGUCCCGACGUACCUCACUGAUGGCUGGAUCUCGGCUCGUUCUGACAUCCCCCACGACUCUUACAAGAUUUUUGCCGAGUCUCGGAUUCAAGGCCGCAACGAGAUCAUUGCUGAAGCUACCGCCGCACAUCUUGGUGAAGGUCAGUUGAUGGUACAGAUGUCAGGCCUUGUUUUCAAGUCAAUCAGUGGCGAGACGGCUCAAGAGCCCUCAAGUGCGUCGCUGCACCCGGCUUUCAACCUGGAAUGGAAGCCCGAUCCUUCUUUCCUUUCCAAGCAAGAGGCCAAGGACGUCUUCGGGUUGGCCAUGACCAAAGAAGAUGACCCCUCGCGCUGGAUGCAGGAUUGCGAAGCCCUGUGUCUUGCGUACAUUCGUCGUUGCGUGGACUCUGUUUCUCAGGAUGGCAUCGAAAAGUUGGCCUGGCACCACAAGCGAUACUUCAAGUGGUUCCAGCACGUCGUCAGCCAGCACUCGGAUCAACCAGUUCAGAGCAUUGAGGAGCUGGAAGAGAAGGUCAUCGCUGGCGGAGCAUCUGAGGGCAAGCUGAUCAUCGCCGUCGGUCAUGCUCUGUCGGAGAUCCUUGACGGGCGCCGAGAUCCCCUCGAUGUCAUUUUCAAGGACAAGCUCGCGGAGGAUGUCUACCGUGAUGGUCUCGGCUCCAAGAGAUGCUACGCGCAGCUCUGCAACUAUGUUGAUGCCCUGGCUCACAAGAACCCCGCCAUGGAGAUCCUUGAGAUUGGCGGAGGCACAGGUGGUGCCACUCGUCCGGUCAUGGCCACUCUCACAGAGCAAGGCCGCCGCUACAAGUCUUACUGCUUCACCGACAUCUCCCCCUCCUUCUUUGAGCAAGCCAAGGAGACCUUCAAGGAUGAGCUUACCCGGAUGAGUUUCCGUGUCUUGAACGUCGAGAACGACCCUUCGGAGCAGGACUUCGCGGCUGGCAAGUACGAUCUCAUUGUUGCCGCCAACGUUCUGCAUGCCACGAAGAACAUCGACCACACUCUCCGCAAUACCCGAAAGCUGCUCAAGCCUGGCGGCAAGCUUUUGCUCUUUGAGAUCACCAACACGUCCGUGCUUCUCGGCAGUUUCUGCUUUGGUGUACUUCCCGGUUGGUGGCUUUCGGAGGACAAGGACCGCGUCUGGGGACCUCUUAUGUCCGCUCCCUCGUGGGACAACCAUCUGAUCAACUCGGGAUUCGGGGGCCUCGACGCCGUCUUUGACGACUUCUCCGGCUCGCCUCAUCAGAUGAGCUCGAUCCUUGUGUCGUCUGUUCCCACUUCAGAGGAGACGACUGGCACAUUUUCUCCAGACUUCAUUCUUACGAGCGGAAACUCUUCGCAAAUCAACAUUGCUGAAGGACUAAAACGUCGUCUCGGAUCGUCCGAAAUCGUCAACAUCACUGAGGCAUCGGGCAGGGACUUCACCGACACGACGUGCGUUGUUCUGUCCGAAUUUGACAAUCCUACGUUGAAGGACAUGUCCGAGGAAGUAUUUGCUGGCUUCAAACGAAUUCUCACUGAGUGCAAGACCAUCGCAUGGGUUACUCGAGGCGCUUCAGACCCUGACGCAGAGCUUGUGACUGGCUUAGCGCGUGUUGUCCGAUCUGAAAGGCCAGAUGCCAAAUUCUUUACUCUCUCCUUCGAUCAGAAUUCUUCAGAAGAGGUCGUUGUCGAGAAGUCUGCGAAGGCUCUACACACAGCCUGUAAUGGAAUCGAGAACUCUUUCAGAGUUUCCGGUAACGCUGUCAACGUAUCUCGCCUCGUCCGGGCGAGCUACCUCACGGACCACAUCCAAGCUCAGACCGGAGUGCUGGCAGCGGUGGAGAAGCCCUUCGGAGACGACUCUUCUCGUUCCUUGAGUCUCCAAAUCGGAAACAUCGGACAGCUCGACUCGCUGAGAUUCGAAGAUGAUACUGCAUUCGAUUCGCCGUUGGGAGACGACGAGGUUGAGUUCAAGACCAUGGCCAGCGGGAUCUCUUCAGUCGACUUGGCAACGGCCCUCGGGAAGACAGAAGACUCUGCUUUGGGACGUGAAGCCUCCGGCGUGGUCACCAGAGCCGGAAGUGCAUCUGGCUUCCAGGUGGGCGAUCGCGUGUUUGGUCUUACUGUUUCCGGUUCUGUCAAGACUCAUGUGCGAUCUUCCGGUUGCUUGCUCGCCAAGCUAUCCGACACAAUAUCGUGGGCUCAAGGCGCAUCCAUUCCUGUGGCCUAUUCCACCGCUUACGCAACCCUUUACGAACUCGGCACUAUUCGCCAGGGACAGACUGUCUUGGUUCACUCUGGCUCUGCCGUUCUUGGAAGAGCCCUCAUUCAACUUGCUCAACUGCAAGGAGCCGAGGUCUUCGCAACUGCUGGAAGUGUGAAGGACAGCGAAACUCUGCAGACGACUUGCGGUUUGUCCCAAGACCGUAUCCUCGUCAACCCCGAUAUGUCAACCAAGAAGACUCUUCAGUCAAUGACCAAGGGUCGCGGCAUCGACAUUUUCGUCAACACUGUCAACGACACGCACUUCCUGAACGAGACAAUGGACAUUGUUGCGCCCUUCGGGCGCAUUGUCAACAUUGGCGGACAGGAUAGCUACUCCAGCGCUCGCCUCCCCAGAGGCCGCAACGUUCGCCUCGAUUUCUUCGACCUUGCAUCAUUUACUGCGUGCGACGCUGCUCGCACAGGAUCAGUGUUUCAGCACGUAUCUGAGCUGAUCUUUGCCAACUGGGACACCAUCAAGCCUGCAUUGCCGUCCAUGACUUAUGCGUUCUCCCAAGUCCACGACGCCUUCCGCCAGCUUCAGACGGACAGUCAAAAUGCCAUCGUCCUCGAGCCUCACGACCAGGAUCUGGUUCCAGUCUUGCCGAGCCGGAAAGCCACCAGCCGCUUUGACCCCAACGCAUCUUAUGUCAUUGCUGGUGGUCUCGGUGGACUUGGAAGAUCCGUUGCGAGAUGGAUGGCGUCGCAGGGUGCCAGAAACCUCAUUCUGCUCUCUAGACGCGGUCCAGUGGAGGACUCUGCGAAGGAACUCGUCAAAGAACUCGAGUCGGUUUGCGACAACGUGUCUACACCUGCUUGCGACAUCUCAGAUUCUGCCGCCCUUCAAAAGGUUGUCACUGAGUUGUCGACUUCUCUGCCUCCCAUCAAGGGAUGCAUUCAGGGUUCCAUGGUUCUCAAGGACAACCCUCUGGAAAGCAUGUCGCUUGACCACUGGAAGGCCGCAGUAGUUCCCAAGGUCCAGGCCUCAUGGAACUUGUACAAUGCUCUCGGACCUAAGAUGGAUUUCUUCGUCUUCCUCUCGUCGACUGUCGGCAUCACUGGUGGCCCCGAGCAGGCCAACUACGCCGCAGGCGGCACCUUCCAAGAUGCUUUUGCACGCCAUCUUGCUUCCCAAGGCGUCAACGCCGUGUCAAUCGACCUUCCUAUAGUGCAGGGCGUCGGCUACGUCGCCGAAAAGCCGGAGCUCUUCGACUACCUCCGAUCCGCUGGCUGGACGUACAUCACCGAAGCUGAGCUCCGCGCGGUGCUUGACUACCAUUGCCGCCCAGCAAGCAGCCCGGUACAAGCUUCGAAGGCUCAGGUCAUCCCCAGACUCUGGCUGCCUGAAGAGACCGCUGCCGAAGGCUACCAGACGCCGUCAUGGGCAUCGGAUCCUCUCUUCAACCACAUCGAACUCGGCAAGGCGGAUGUGAACACGGACGGGGCGGCUGAGUCGAACAAGACAAUCAACCACAAGGCGCUCCUGGCCGAGGCAUCUUCCUGGGAAGAAGCGGAGCGAGUUGUUCUUGACGCUUUGCUUCUGAAGGUCGCCAGAAUGCUGAGCAUCGAAGUUUCAAACCUCGACGACAACAAGCCUCUGCAUGCAUACGGCAUUGACUCUCUCACUGCUGUCGAACUUCGAUCAUGGUUGAUCAAGGAGCUUGGCGCUGAGGUUUCGUUGUUUGAUAUCACGAACAACUCAAGUCUUUCCCAAUUGGCUGGCACUGCCACCAAGAAGAGCACUUUGAGGAAGAAGCUUGAGUAG